GAACUUUACAACCGAGAUCUCUGUAUGUCCGAGUUCGAGUCACCAACAGGGGCCAGAUCGAGGAGCGGUGACGCUCUCGAAACUUUGCGAGGCUCCCGAACUGGAGUCGCCUCAGGCACAGGUGAAGUUCGCGAUUGGCUCGAGGUAACCUUCACGAAGAACUCUGGGUUCCUGGACCUACGGCAGCAUCACCAUGAGCGACCGACAUUCCGUUCGCUAGCGCGUAAAGUGAAGACUCGUCUUAUGAUGGAGAGGUAUGUUUGGCCCAAAGCGCCGUCUGUUAUUUCAGACAUCUUCCGAAUAGUCUUUUAG